AUGAGGGAUCAGAAAUUUAGAAGAUGCCAUACGCCAUUGGAACUGGAAGAAGAUUGCCUUAAUGCAAGUAAGGCAAAUACUGAUAUGUAUAUGGUGGUUCCAGUUCACAUGGUGGGAAGGGAUUUAAACGUAAAUCCAAGGUGGAUCCCAAGAAAAAGCAUACUGAUAAGGCUCAAGAAGAGAAAAAGUUUUUUAAACACGGAAAAGGAAAGCAUCCUGCGGAAGAGAAAUAUGGCAAAGGUGAAAUGCUAUAACUAUGGUAACAAGGGACAUUUUGCUCGCGAUUGUAGUGGAGCCCAAGAAGAUUCAGCAGCAAUAGACCACAUAGCGAAAGACAGGAUGCUUUCCUGGAAUUCGACGAAUACCACGGGAAACAAAAUGGAUAUAUAUUUCCUCAAAUCUUCAAUGGACAGUUCAGUAGCUCCACAUAUAGUCACUGAAAAUGGCCCUGAAAAUGGCGAUGAAGAACAUGCCAAGGUUAAAGAAAAACCCUCCAGGGGUGGCUGGAGUGCCGCCAUUUUCAUCAUCUUUGUUGAAAUGGCGGAGCGGUUUUCCUACUAUGGUUUGGCUGGUAAUCUCGUCACUUACCUCUCAAACGUUCUUGGUGAAUCAACCGUCACCGCGAGCAAGAAUGUCAAUACUUGGGUUGGUGUCUCCGCGCUCUUCCCUUUGAUCGGAGGCUUCCUCGCCGACUCUUACUUCGGUCGCUUCAAGACCGUCAUCGCCUCCUCUAUGAUCUAUUUACUGGGGAUGAUUUUACUGUCGUUGGCUGUGUCGACAGUAGUUCAUUCAAAAAUCGUAUUUUACAUAGCGCUUUAUAUAUUAUCAGUUGGUGAAGGCGGGCACAAGCCCUGCGUGCAAACGUUCGCCGCUGAUCAGUUUGAUGAAAACACCCCUGAGGAGAAGGAGGCCAAAAGCUCAUUCUUUAACUGGUGGUACUUGGGGAUUGUUUUUGGCGCCACUACUUCAAUUUUGGUCAUUGUUUACAUACAGGAGAAUGUGGGGUGGGCAGUAGGAUUUGGGAUACUGGCGGGGAUAUUGGCGGCGGCAUUGGGGAUGUUUUUGGUGGGGAUUAAGAGGUACAGGAAGGAGGUUCCAGUGGGGAGCCCGUUUACCAAGGUGGUGCAGGUGUUUAUUGCGGCAGUCCGGAAGUGGCGCGUGAGAGAGACGCGCGGUAUUUGUAAUGAAGAUGAUGACGGGAUGAAUGGGAAGAACCAGUUGGGUCAAUCUGGGAGAAUAACUCUUGCACGAACUAAACAGCUCAGAUUUUUGGACAAGGCGAUGAUACUAGACGAGAUAGAUUGCUUGAGCGCGCAAAGGAAUCCAUGGAGGCUAUGCACCCAAAAUCAAGUGGAACAAGUAAAAUUAGUGAUUCGCGUCAUCCCGAUAUGGCUAGCUUGCUUGAUGUUCUUCGCUGUACAAGCUCAAAAUCGUACUUUUUUCACCAAGCAAGGCAGCACAAUGAUCAAAUCCAUCGGACCACACUUUGAACUCCCCCCAGCUGCACUUCAAAGUGUCAUAGGCCUAGCCAUCCUUAUCUUCGUCCCAAUUUAUGACCAAGUCUUCGUCCGCCUAGCCCGGAAAAAAACCGGACUCCCCUCAGGAAUAACCAUGCUACAAAGAAUUGGCAUAGGCUUAUUUUUGUCCAUAAUUUUCAUGAUUGUAGCGGCUUUAGUAGAGGCCAAAAGGAUCAAAACUGCUAGGGAACAUGGCCUCAUGGACACACUCAAUGCAACAUUGCCUAUAACUAUUGCGUGGUUACUUCCACAAUACGUGCUCUCUGGACUUUGUGAUGUGUUCACAGUGGUGGGGUUACAAGAAUUGUUUUAUGAUCAAAUGCCAGAAGAAAUGAGAAGCAUGGGGGCAGCGGCUUAUAUUUCUAUAAUUGGAGUUGGAAGCUUUCUGAAUAGUAUUAUUAUAUCAAUAGUGGAGGUAACUAAUAAAAGGGCUGGUGGCACUUGGCUUAGUAACAAUAUCAAUAGGGCACAUCUUGAUUACUUUUACUGGGUAUUGGCAGGAUUGAGUGCUUUGAAUUUAUGCAUUUUUAUAUGGAUUGCCAAGAGAUUUGUGUACAAAAAAGUUGUGAAGGAAGAAUCAAGGGAGGAAGAAGAAUCGAUGAAUGGAGAGAGAAAUAAUUCGCACGACCAUGUUUAGUUUAGGAUAAUAAA